UAGUACAGAGCGUUAGUAUUUUCACUUUAUGGCCGUUUUCACUCUCUGGUGGGUCAGUAAUCUUCAACCUGAGGCCGCGUGCCUCGCCCCUCCCUCUUCCUCCUCCGUCCUCGCGCAUCCUGUGCUCCCAUCUCUCUUCCUCCUGCCUCCUUUUUCCCCACUGUGCCUGCAGUGUGCAGACGGACAUUUUUUUAUUUUAUUUUAUUUUUGAACCCCCGUCUCUUGCGUGUAGUUUUUUACGCGGAGCAAAAUGACUUUAACCACACUGCAGUCAGCGGGGCUCUAACGCCGGUUCUGCCGCCCGCCAACUCCUUCAGCGUGGCCGCCGCACUUCACGGAGCACCUUCAGGGACAAACAGCCUCCACCUGCCGACGCUCCUCACACCCUAUGACCGUCUCAAAGAUGACAUGGCGUCCUCAGUACCGCAGCUCAAAGUUCCGCCACGUGUUCGGUAAAGCUGCCACCAAAGAAAAUUGCUACGAUGGCGUGCCGAUCACCCGCAGUGUCCAAGACAAUGGCUUCUGUGCCGUCAACCCACGUUUCCUGGCAAUUAUCACCGAGUGUGCUGGAGGCGGAGCCUUCAUGGUCCUGUCCCUCCAUCACAUGGGGAAAGUGGACGCUCAACACCCCAGAGUAUCAGGUCACAGAGGCAAUGUAUUGGACAUCAAAUGGAAUCCCUUUAAUGACUACUGCAUUGCAUCCUGCUCAGAGGACACCACGGUGAAAGUGUGGGAAAUUCCACCUCAUGGUGUGCUGAAGAACAUCACAGUACCGUGGAAAGAGCUGCAGGGUCACAGCCGCAGAGUGGGCAUUAUAGAGUGGCACCCGACCGCUAACAACAUACUCUUCAGUACUGGCUAUGACUAUAAGGUUAUGAUCUGGAAUCUGGACUAUCCAGAGCAGGUGAUAAAGAACCCCGUGCGGACUGUUGGCGUGCAUACAGACGUAGUCCUCUCCAUGUCCUUCAACACUGAUGGCAGCCUUCUGGCCACAGCCUGCAAGGACAAGAAGAUCAGACUCCUGGAGUGUCGCUCAGGAACCAUUCUGCAGGAAGCCAGCUGUAAGACGCACAAAGCCAACAAGGUCCUGAUUUUGGGUAAUCUGAAAAUGCUCUUCACGUCAGGCACUUCACGCUGGAAUGAUCGACAGCUAGUUCUGUGGAAUAUGGAUGACCUCUCUGUGCCUUUGAUCCAAGAGAACCUGGAUAGUUCUUCAGGUGUUCUCUUUCCUUUCUAUGACCCUGAUACACACAUGCUGUACAUCGCUGGGAAGGGUGAAGGUACCAUCAGAUACUAUGAGAUCAGCACAGAAAAACCUUAUAUCCACUACCUUACCGAGCACCGCUCAUACCUACCUCAAAAAGGAAUGGGAGUGAUGCCAAAGAGAGGCCUGGAUGUCAGUGCCUGUGAGGUGUUCAGAUUCUACAAACUGGUGACAAUCAAGAGUCUCAUUGAGCCCAUUUCUAUGAUCGUUCCCCGCAGGUCGGAGUCGUACCAAGAAGACAUCUAUCCGAUGACGGCAGGUAACAAACCCGCGUUGACUGCAGAGGAGUGGCUCAGCGGCAUCAACAAAGACCCGGUGCUGAUGUCUCUGAAACCUGGAAGUCAAAUACUGGAUUCAUAUUCGGAGCUGAGCCUAGGAAAGGGACUCGGAAACUUGCUAGACACUCGCAGGUCUCAGAGCAGGCCGGGCAUGCUGCAGCUGGCCUACAUUCAGGACCAACUGAGCACCAAAGAAGGCAAAGAGGACAGCGGUGGUCCAGAGGACCAGAAGACUCAGACGCCAUUGAGCAACGGAGAUGACCUCACACUUUGUUCUCCACCCAAGACCGAGAAUGAGCUACGCCUGAAGUUCCACAAGCAGCAGGAAGAAAUCCGUCGGCUGCGGGAGCUCCUGACCCAACGGGAUGUGAGGAUCAAACAGCUGGAACUGGAGAUGAAGAACCUCAGAAACUCUCAGCCUCAGAGCUGACUUUGAGGCAGCAUUACUGUACAAACUUACAAACCCACUUUUUCCAACUGCCACACUCGACGUAGGGUCCUGGUUGUCUCCAGCGAGCCCCUCGUACUGCACAGAGGCGCCUCAAAGUAUCAUCUCCACGUUUCACUUGUCAGCAUAGUAUGUUUGGUGCACGCAAUCUUCGUCCUCAUUCAUUCACUUCCUUUUGCGUACCUCUGUCUGAAAUGUUUUGCACCUUUUUACUUUUCACUCUUUUCUCUUAUACACUUUACAGCUAUGCAAGUUUUUUGUAAUUUUUAGCUUUUUUUACACUCAUCAUUGCUAAGCAAAAUAAGAAUGUCUGUGCCUGUGUUGACUAAACGUGUGUCCGGUUGCGCUUGAAAGCCGUUUCAGGGUGGAGCACAAAUCCUGUGUGAUUGUAAGACAGAGAUAAUUUUUGUUUUCUUGGUGAUUUAUUUUUCAUAUUUAAACUGCUGUAAACAUGGCGUGUAAUGACAAACACACGUCUGCUUUAAUGUCAGUCCAAGGAACGAUGCUGUCAUGCUCCCGGGUUCAGUUAAGCUGUAUUUUUAUUUUUAACCUUUUUAAAAAUUAUUUGAAUGUCUGGAAAAACUUUUUUUUAAUAUAGAUGCUAUCAUGCAAGCCAAUUAUUUUGUAUCUGACGCCAUGUAGCAGUUUUGAUCUUUUUUCUUUUUUUUUAAUAUGGAAAAUGAAAAUGCCAGUCAUUUAAUUUAAGACAUUUUAAGUUGAAAUUGCAUUUUAGGAACAUAUAAACUGCACAGUGUGCUUUAAAGAGAAAGACAAAA